AUGGCAGGUGCAGGCGCUCUUGUGGAGAAGGAGGCCGAGCAGGCCUUGGACAUCUCGCAGAUCGACCCUCGCCUUCUCCAGGUGGAGGAGUUUGUCGACAAGCUGCGGAAGAAGGUGCUCAUGUGGGAAGUUGUUGGCGGUGCGCGAGAGGGUGGCGUCGUCGUCAGGGAGGGGGCAAGCUUGCAGUCUCCAGAGAUGCGCCAACGUCUCGCGACUGGCUCGAUAGUCCGCGAAAUUGCGGAAAAGGGCGACCGGCUCUGCUAUCAGCUUCUCUCCGGCUUCGGACCACCUGCAGGCUGGGUUAGCAUCAAGGUGAGGCGGACGGAGAUGCUGGCUUCAGUGUCGAAGAGGCCAGAGCUCACUCAGCAAGCCGAUCUGCUCCUUCGGCGCCUGGCGCGGCUGCCUCGGCCGCUGCAGAAUGCGACCUCCUUCCAGGUGAAGUUGUCCAAUGCCAUCACCGAGCAGAUCUACAGCCCGAAGACCGGGUGCUUGGACCGUUUGGCCAAAGAGGCCACAGCUGCUUGGUUAAAUGCUGCCACGCUGACGAGGCCACUGGACGUCUCUGCAGCUUACCCUGCAUUUCCAACAGACGACGCGGUCUUGCGCGCCAUCCUCGAGGACCCGGACUUCGUGCCGCUGCGCCGCGUCUUCCCAAAGCCCUUGAUGAGCUCCGAGCCUGCGGCCGGAGGCGAGGAGGGUGACCUCCCGCCCGUGGGCAUGUGCCCAUCCAUCGACCCCGCAUCUGGACUGAUACCCGAUGCGAUCUCCACGGCCUUCUUCUUGGACGUGGAACACUGCUGCCUGCGCGGAGCCGUUCGCUUCGGGCCACAGGCAACCCAGUCCAUGAUGACGCGGACUCUGCCUGCCGAGUGUGGCCCAACGGGUGAGUUCGCGCCGGGUGUACAUGGCGGUGCCAUCUCAAUACUUCUAGCGGAUUCCGCGGUUUACUUGGCUCGCCUAACCUGGCAGCCCAAUGCAAUGCUCAGCAAGCUCAGCUGCCAGUUCUCCAAACCGUGCCCGUGCUUGCAAACUCUGGAGGUUACAGCUACCUGGGGUUUGGAGGACAACUGGGCCCAUCACUCGACUGGAAUGACCACGAAGGUGAAAGCCGGCAAGACGACCAUCGCCUCUGCCGAGGCCUAUCUCAUGUCCUUUCCCGAGAAGCCCUUCAAGCUUCCGGUUCACCUGCCAAGUCGUUUCAGCGUGGCCCGGCCAGGUGUGGACUGGGUACCUCCCGAGCUGGCAGUGGCGAAGCUUCCUCCCCCUGUGCAGAAGAUGCCGGCCUACAGCGAGCAGGAGUACAUGAAAGCUGUCUUCGAUCGAGAUCAAGCAGUUCUGGAUCCAAGGUCUUGCGCCGUAGUGGAGGAGGUCGGUACUGAAGAGCGCAAUGCCAACCAGGGCUGGCGGAAGCACUUGAGGGCCAAUCGGCCUAUUCGUGGCAUAGGAGAGAUCCACCACGACCUUUGCUUCCCCGGAGGUCUUGCGCCGGCAGCCAUGAGCUCCGAGAAGUAUCUCGUCCAGGACACAGCUGGCAUCAGAUUUGUAGGCGCCAUCAAGCUGGGCCCGCAAGCUUCCGAAGCCAUCUAUUUGACAGAGGACGGGAAGAAGCUUGCAGACGGCACCUUGUCUUUGGUGGCGCACCCUGCCAUGGGAAUGGCCGCCUUGGAUGAUCACCUUGCACACCUGCCACGCUGCGAUGGACGUGAAAAGACAUCCGUGACCUGGAAGCAGGAGAUGGAGGUCAAAGCACUCUUACCCGUGGGCCAGGAGCUCGAGUUUGAGUGCCUCUGCCCAGAGAAGCAGGGAGGGCCCGUGGGCACCAGCGUCAAGGGCGAGAUUCGCUACGAAGACCAGGUCUUGGUGACGCUGUCUGCCAUCAUUACCUCGAGUGAUCGGGAUGCACCUGGUUCUGCGGGGCUGUAG